UGUUCCAGACUACUGCUCGGUACGUCAGCGACAACAGCUCUGGCGAUACUUACUUCUGAUUACUUAUUUUGUUUACUAGACAAAGUGUUAGAAAAACAAUAGAUAAAAAAGUUAUUACCACGAACUUCGAACUGUUUUUUACACUCGAGUAAUAAUCGUGCUGUGUUUUAUUUAUUACUAUUUUUUUUGAAACGUUGAAUGUUAAAUAGUCUUCAGUUCGUGCAGGAUAAUACACUAAGAGUGCAAAGAUGAAAGUUCGAAUGAUAUUAUUGACUCUAGUUGGUUUUGCAGUUCAUGGGACUACCGAAGGAUACCCACCACAAGUUAUCAAAUCAGAUGGAACUGCAGUCGAUCGCAUCAGCAGUGAGCACGAGGAUUCUAUAGCUGCUGCAUCCGAAGUUCACGACACAGACUACGAUGGAUCAGAUGACUCGGACAUGUACAUGGAACCGGAUGAAGCUGAAACUGGAAAUCAUGAGUCUAAGCAAGCCAAAGAAGAACCAACAUUCAAUCAAGCAUCAGAUACUCCAGGAAUAACAACGACCGAAUCUCAAGUAGAAGUAGAUACAGUCGAAGCAGUUCCAACAGCGCAGGAAGACAAAAGCUUAGAACAGGAGAGUCAAAACUUCUUUCCUUCUUUUGCAGAACUAUUCGCCAAUCAUCGACUAACUUACAAUGAACAGCAGCAGCAACAACGUUAUCGUCCGAACCGUUUUUUAGGCUACUUCCAACGCGAACGAGCCCCCUAUCAAUCAUCAGCGUCCACGGUUAAAGAUGCACAACACCCACUUCUAGGUUCGGGCAACUUCGGGGUCAUACGUGGAGGGACUUAUUACUCUGAAGAAAAAGACGAGGAGUACAAUGGCGAUGAGAGCUUGUAUAAUCCGUACUAUUCAUCCAAUCAUGCCAACAGAGGACGAUCCAAUCAUUAUCGGAAUCCUAAGCCACAACCUGUUCGGCCAGGAGACUUUUUCUCAAAUUUCCGCGACUUUGCUGACAUCACAGCUCCACCCAAGUCUAGUUUUUCUCAUUUGUCUGUUGUUUAUACGAAUAGAAAUGGCACGAAAAGUGCUGCCGUUGGAGGAGCCACUGAACCGAGGAAUAUCAUUGAAACUCUGAGAAUGUUAGAAGAGCAAGACAAUGAAAAUACUGAAGAUGAUAGCACAAUAACAACUGAGCUACCAGUUAAAAAAUUGAGUUCUGGAAAGCGAAAACUUAUGAAAAUGAAGAAAUACCAAGAAGAUAAGGCCAGAAAAUUUCGUAUGACUGUUGAACCUUUGCUUGCUUUGAGCUGAGUUGAUUUAAUCAUUUUAAUAUUUUUAAAAUUUAUCUUUAAAUAUUUAGAUGUGUGUAUCUGGUGUAUUAUGUGUGUAAGAAUGACUAGGAAUUUAUAUAUUUUAAACGGAAUCUGACCUCCAGAGAUCAGAACCAAAGUAAGAAGAAAUAAAAAAUUGAUAGAUUUUUAGUGUGCGUUUUAUCGAACUAUACAUUCGAGUGCAUAUAAUAAAUUAUUGUUGAUUAUUUUAAGUUACGGAAAAAAGAAAUUGUAAUUCUAUGUCUUAUUCAAUUAAUGUUAUGUAAUCUAUUCUACUAAAUUUCAUUAAUUGUUUUUUAUUGUUAGAAAUUUUAUGAAGAUUUUGUCAUAUCAUCAUCGCUUUUACAUGUGUUAUUUAUAGAUAUACUUUGAAAACACUUGGUUGUUAUUGAUAUUAUUGAAUUCUCGUCAUGUACUUGCCAUGAAAUUAGGCAUAUUGUUAUAAUGUUUACAACUAACUACUGCAGUAGUGAUGAUAUUAACUAGAGAAAAAUAAUAUGUGUACUUGAAUGUUUUACUCACUUUGAAAAGUUAAGUAACGUAAAACGAAUAUAUUCUAACUUAUUAAUAGUUAUUUGAUGUAAACAAUCGCAGCAUAUGUAUAUACUUUCAUCCUAAUAAAUAACUCAUAAAUAUAUUGUACAACUAUA